CCUCCCUCCCUCCCUCCCGGGCCAGGCAGGAGAGGGCAGUCAACCUUACCCCUCCACCUCACCCCCAGACGGAGAACAUUGGGGGUGGAGGGAAGAAAUGUCCGUCACGAAGUAUCAGGAACUGAACGGGUUCAGGGUUUACGUGCUACAGGGAUGCUCUGGAGGCCCAUCAGAUGAGCCGCUCCGACCCCGGCCCAAUCAGAAGACGGGGCCUCCGCCCAGCUGCCCAGUCAAGCGCAAGUACCUGGCGGAGACGGGCAGAAUCGACCAAUCGGUGGAAGGGAGAGGCCACAGAUCCGAGGGUCGCCAUUGGACGGAUCUGAAAGACGGGCAUAAGGCCUCCAAGCUGGAGGAAGGCUUUGGCCUAGUGCAACAGGCCCGGUGUUGCCAUGGAUACGAGCGUUUGCUGAGCCCACCCUCCGAUGAGCCCCUGGCCCUGAUCAAGAAGCGGCCCAGAGUCAGCAGAGAGACAGUCACCUUGCAGGGUCCCAGCACGGUCCAACAGACCCGCCCCUCCGUCAUCACCCACGCCUCGUCCAAUCAGCACCGCGGCGGGAAAGCAGAAGGUGAGCUCAACCAAUCACAGCAGAGGGGAGAUUCACAAACCUCCGACGCAUCAACCAACACCGCCGCGCCCUGCGUCACCUGCGAUGCCGUGGUGGAGGAGCACUUCCGGAGGAGCCUCGGGUCGAGUUACCAGCAGCCAGUCCCGCCCUCCUGCUCCGUCUCCGUCUCCGAGUCGGUGGACGCGCACUUUGCCAAGGCGCUGGGGGACCGGUGGAUUCAGGUGCAGGCGGCGGGGAGCUCCCUCCCCGAGGGAUCUCAGCCCGACAGCGCGGACACGCCAUCAGCCUCCCUCCCCUAGCAGUGGACUGCCGCUCCUGCAAACCCCCCGCACUGUAAGCGCCCCGGAGUUACCCCCAGAGUUAUUCCUGGAGCAAGCCUCUCUCAGAUGAAUUCCUGAUUUAGACACGCACCCCAUUCCAUAAUCCAGACACAGACAGGCAGACGCAGACACACACACACAGGUACUGACAGACACAUAGAUGGACAGAGACAGACACACAUGCAAACAGCACACUCAAACUGACAGACACAAGUACAGACAGACAGACACAUAGACAGUGCCAGACAGAGAUAGACAGACACAGACAGACAGUCCAAACAAACAGAGACAGUCCCAGGUGCUGCUCACAUCCCAUCAACCAUCUGUACCCUGGCUGUGGGAUGGAGAUGAGAAAGAGAGACUGAGCUUUGACUCCCUCUGAGUUUUGACUGCACUCCCACCGGAGUCAGAUUUCCCCCUUCACCCUCCCCUCCCACCUCCAUUAGAGACUUGUGACAUUCCCCAUUCCCCAGGUAGAACCUCCGUCUUCCUUCCCCUCGGAAUUGUACAACGGAAUGGUACGGUGAGGUGCUUCUGGGGGCAGAUAGCUGAGAGGUGGUUGGUGGGAAGGAAGGGGGAGAGACAUUGGCCAAAACGUCCCUCACUUGCUCAGGGAAGUGUCCUAACCAUCUUCAGCUGCUUCAUCAGUGACUUUCCUUCCGUCAUAAGGUCAGAAGUGGGGAUGUUAGCGGAUGACUGCACAAUGUUCUGCACCAGUUGUAACUCCUCAGAUAGUGAAGCAGUUCAGACCCAAAUGCAGCAGGACCUGGACAAUAUCCAGGCUUGGGAUGAUAAGUAGCAAGUAACAUUCGAGCCAGGCAAUCACCAUCUCCAACAAGAGAGGCUCUAACCAUCAUCCCUUGACAUUCAGUGCUAUCACCAUCACUGAUUUCCCUACUAUCAACAUCCUGGGGGUUACCAUUGACAGGAAACUGAACUGGUUUAGCGUUAUAAACACCGUGGCUAUCAGAGCAGGUCAAAGGCUUGGAAUCCUGUGGCCAGUAACUCACCUUCUGACUCCCCAAAGCCUGUCCACCAUCUACAAGGCUCAGGUCAGGAGUGUAAUGGAAUACUCACCACUCGCCUGGAUGAGUGAAGCUCCAUCAAACUCAAGAAGCUCGACACCAUCCGGUACUAGGCAGCCCACUUGAUUGGUACCCCUUCCACAAGCAUCCAUUCCCUCCACCAUCGAUGAACAGUGUGUACGGUCUUCAAGAUGCACUGCAACAACACACCAAAGUUCCUAAGGCAGCACCUUCCAGACCCACGACCACCACCAUCUAGAAGGACGAGAAGAGGAGAUACCUAGGAACACCACCACUUGGAAAUCCCCCUCCAAGUCACUCACCAUCCUGACUUGGAAACAUAUCAACGUCCAUUGUCGCUGGGUCAAAAUCAUGGAAUCCCCUCCCUAACAGCACUGCAGGUGUCCCUGCAGCUCAGGGACUGCAGCGGUUCAAGAAGGCAGCUCAUCAUCACCUUCUCAAGGACAACUAGGGAUGGGCUAUAAAUGCUGGCUUAGCGAUACCCACAUCCUGUAAAUGAAUAACAUUCUCCCGCUCUGCCAAUGCUUGCGUCUGAAGGUGACCGGAU